CGCGCGCGCGUACUCCCGGGCGCGCUGCCGGAGUGGCGCGCGACGGGCUGGAGGGCGCUCCCGGUGCCGGAGCAGCGCAGCGCAAGGAGGAAGCAGAGCCCGGACCGACCUGGGUGAAGAUGGCGGGGCUGCUGGCAGCCUCUCCCCGGCAUUCAGAUGUCCAACCAUCAAAGAGAGAUGAUCGACAGAGAUUGGCCAAGGAAAGGCGAGAUGAGCGAGACAGAUCUCUCGCCGUGAAGGAGCUGCAGAUCCUGCAAAAGGAGAGAAAGGCGCGGCUGCUGUACGAGAAGCAGAUCGAGGAACGGUGGAGGAAGCUGGAGGAGCAGCGUCAGCGUGAAGAGCUGCGCAGGGCGGCCGUGGAGGAGAAACGGAGGCAGAGGUUCGAAGAAGAGAAGGAGCGUCACGAAGCCAUGAUGCGUCGCACUUUAGAACGUAACCAGCAGUUAGAACAGCGACAGAAGAGGUGGUCGUGGGGAGGAACAGCAUCCACGGGGACUGGAACCGGAGAUGGUGAAUCAGAAAAUACCCCACCCCCUCCUAUAGAUCUAGCAGCCAACACCUAUCCUCCAGAGCCUGUGGUCAUUGAUGCUGCUGCUGCUAAUGCUGCGGCUGACAGGCUUUCAGCUUAUGUUGCGGACCUUCCCAAACAAAUGGAGUCACCGGUCCACAAGCUGUCGCCCUCCUCUGCUGCAGCAUCCCCAGGCUCCCCUGAAAGAGACUUAGGUAGUCCCCUCAAGAGCUCUUCCAAACCUACAAGUCCAAGUGGAGACAGACAGAGUGCAGCAACCGCUUCUACCUUGCCAGGAGAAACCAAAGGGAGUCCAGUGACGGAAACUCAGCAGGGAGUCUGGAGCAGGCCUCAAAGGAACAAAGUGCCUGGGGCAAGCCGAAAGAAGCAGGGAAGGCCUGGAGAUGGAGGGAAAGCUGAGAUGGUAUUACUGGACUCCCAAAGCUCUGGCAUGACUGAGAAAGUGAAGAAGGAAAAGAAGCACUCAUCCAGUACAGGGUCCAGUGCCACAUCCACCUUCAGAAGAUCCCAGUCUCCAGCAAACAUGUCUAAAAGGUCAUCAUCACCUGCGGUGAAGGCCAGUUCAAAGACUCGAACACAGUCUCCCAGCUCUUCCAAAGAGUUUCCGCCAUCUCCAACUUCCAGUGGAAAGUCUUCUCCCAUGAGGCGGAGGCCAUCUUCGAACAACAUUGCAGAGAGUGCGAAAAAGGGCAGAGAGAAGGGAGAGGUGGCACGACAGAAAUCCGAGGAGGCAGAACAAGCUGAGAGUGAACCUCCAUCUGUGACAACUCCAGUCAAAGAACACGACAGGAAGAAGGCAGCUGUGAGUGAAGAUACAUCCAGCAACAAGACCAUGGCAGGAACAACAAAUCCAGAGCAAGCAGCUAAGCUUCUAGCAGAAAGGCGAAGACUUGCACGUCUGCAGAAGGAGAUAGAGGAGCAGGAGCGGCAAGAACAGGAGGAAGCUGAGAGGAAAAUGAAGGAAGAGCUGGAAAGAAAAGAGGCUGAAGAGAAGGCACGCCGUGAAGAAGAGGCACGCAGGCUUGAGGAAGAGCAGAAACAGCAGGAGCUGGAACGUCUGAAGAGAGCAGAGGAAGAAAGAAUCUUAAAGGAACAGCAGGAGAAAGAACUCCUGGCAAGACUGGAACAGCAGCGGGAAGAAGCUGAAACCAAGGCUCGAGAGGAAGCUGAAUGGCAGCGUCAAAUAAGAGAACAGGCCUUUCAGCAGGUCGAACAGGAGAGACUGGAGAGAAAGAAGAGAAUAGAAGAGAUUAUGAAGAGAACCAGACGAAGUGAUGUUGGAGAGAUCAAGAAAGAAGAAAUUAAAGUGGAGAUUGAACCAGCCACAAACGGGGUAAAGAAGGAUCAAAUCUUAAGCGCUAUGGAACCAGUGGAUAUCGACACAGCUCUGAUCUGUUUGGAGGGCAAGAAGGAUGAGGCAGCUCAUUCUGCUGUCAUCCCAGCUGAGGCUGUACCUGUCCUGGAAGUGGUGGCAGCACCUGAGCAAGUGGAUGAGCAACCUAACAGUGUGGAUGAUUCGACAGAUGAGUUGCAGUCAAUGGAUGUAAGCCCUAUGUCAAAGGAUGAAGGUAUAUCGAUCCCUGAGUUCUCUCCACUAAAUGAAAUGAGCCGCGAUGUGGAACUUGAGAAGGACCAGACUGGGCUGAGUGAUGCACAGGCUGUUGAAGAUCUCAUUGACCUGACAGGACAUUCAACUUACAAUAAGUUAUCCCAGGAUAAGAUCAGCUUGGAUGACUGUAACAAAAACUUGAUUGAGGGGCAGUGCAUUUCCAUGGAGAAUCCUCUUCUCACAUUGCUGACUAAGUCUGCUGAGGAAACUCAUAUACAGACAUCAGCAGAGCUUUGAACACAUGGGCCACUGAGUUGAUUAGUCCAGCACGACUGUGUCUUUGUGAAGAUUAAUGUAGCCUUUGUUAACCAACAGCAGUCCUUCACGCAGCAGUUCAAAUUAUCUGUAUUAAAUGUGUUUUUUAUUUUAAGAAAAUGUAUAAACAUUGACUGUGGCCAGAAUGGUCAGUUUGAACAAAACACUUGAGUGCUAUUUAUCCUGCAAUUAAACUGUAUUAAUAAUAAAAACUCGCUCAUAAUUAUGGUAAAACUCAUUUUUCUCAGGCCUUCCUAUUAUUUAAAUUAAAUGCUGCUCACAUUUUCAGAUAGUUGUGAAUAUUAUUGUAAUUUACUAAGCUUCUGCAUACUUCUCUUAAUAUUCAAGCCUAUUUACUGAAUUGCCUCAGGAGAAAGUGUAUUUAAUUGUCGUGUGAAUGAUGCUUGUUGUAAUGCAAAGUAUAGAUUAAGGGAUAUUGUAAUGUGUACUUAGAAAACUCAGGAAUUCUUCAGUGGCAACUGAAUGUUAAUUUUAAAAUGUUAUAUUAUGAUUCACUAAACAUUUUGCCACAUAUCUAAUGAAUUUUAUAAAUGAAUAUUCUGCAUUUCUUAAUUUUUUAUGCUAAAAAUAAUGUGCAGUUCUUCUGUUAAGUUGAUAGUUAACUAUUAUUCAAAUACAGCAUUAACACCCAUAAUAAAGUGAAUAUAGUUAAUGCAUAGAAUAAAUAUAUCACAAUUGACUCAGAAAAGUAAUUAACAGAGUGAUUGAUCUUUAAAUGUACACCGUCAUGUUCUCAAUUUGCACGGAUUUUCACUUGUACUUCAAAGGAAGGAAGCAAAAUCUGAAGUUGAAAAUCUGUAGUUGAAAUUCUUUACAUAUUUUGGCAGAGAAACACCAAGCAUGUCAUAGACAGCUAUUCGGGAUUUUCACUUGCAGACAGCAUCUCCCCCCCCCCCCCCCCCCCCCCCCCCCCACCCCCCCCCCCC